GCUUGGUCACCUGAGAAGAAGCACUGGUGCUGCACCAAGCAGGGUAAGGGCUGCGAGGGCAAAGCGCCGCCUGCCGUGGACGCGGGCUAUGGCAUGGUCUGGAAGCACGUGCAGGUGAACGGCUACUGGACCUGGGUGGCCGUGCAUGGCCACGGGCAAUUCAGCCUGCCCUACGACUGCCAUGCCGGCUUGGCCAAUUGGCACACCGGCUGGUCGGCGGGCAAGAAGGGUUGGUGCUGCGCCCAUCAGCAGCUGGGCUGCGGCGGUGGAGGCCAUGCGGUUGUCCACCACGGUGGCUACAGCCCCGCACAUCCUCCUGGCCCUGCUGGUGCCGGAAUGAUGUGGCAGUGGACCACAGCAGGAGGGCAUGGACACUGGAUCCAAAUUCAUGCUUCGUGA